AUGUCCUCCAUAUCCUCCAUACAAGACCGUACUCCCGAAUUCCGCUCCAUCCUCACACAAGCUCAGAAAUCGCUCGCCCGGCAACGCAAAGGCCCGCAACAACAACCUCUCCUUCCGCAACAACAGCAGCCUCUAACCCGCAAACAACAGAGCGAAUUCGCCCGUAAUGCCGCACAAAUCGGACGAGGAAUCUCCUCUACCAUGGGAAAACUGCAACGACUUGGCGAAUUAGCCCGACGUAAAACGCUGUUCGACGACCGACCCGUGGAGAUCUCGGAAUUGACAUUCGUCAUAAAGCAGGAUCUCGCGGGAUUGAACAUGGCGAUUGGGCAGUUACAAUCUCUACAAAGACAGAGUAAGAAUGGAGAGCAGCAAGAGGGCGAGCACGCGAAGAACGUGGUGGUCCUGUUGCAAGGAAGAUUGGCAGACGUGGGGGUCAAUUUCAAAGAGGUGCUGGAAGUCCGGACGAAGAACAUUCAGGCUAGUCGGACCAGACAGGAAGGGUUUGUGAGUUCGGUGGGAGCGCAACGGCAGGAUGGAGGACAGGGGCUGUUGGAUGUGGGAAGAACGGAUAGUCCCCUAUAUCAGACUCCACCGAGUCGAGGGAGGAGUCCAAAACCGGUGAACUCCGCUGCACAACAGGACGUUCUUUCCCUGGAUCCGAGCAGCUCAAAUCCUCUUUACGGAGGCGGAGGAGCACAAAGUCAACAGCAAUUACAACUCAUGGAAGAGGGUGCGCAAAGCAACAGCUAUAUCAACGAGCGUGGACAGGCAAUCGCAGCGAUUGAAUCCACAAUUUCAGAACUGGGCGGGAUCUUUGGACAGCUUGCGCAGAUGGUUAGUGAACAAGCGGAACAGAUUCAGAGAAUCGAUGCGAAUACCGAUGAUGUGGUGGAUAAUGUCGAAGGUGCCCAGCGGGAAUUGAUGAAGUACUGGGGACGGAUACAAGGCAACCGGUGGUUGGUCGCCAAGAUGUUUGGUGUGUUGAUGAUUUUCUUCUUGCUUUGGGUGCUCAUCGCAGGAUAG